UGAUAGGCCACAUUCACUGCAAACACACAUCCUGUUCAGAUCACAGCUCUCAUAGUUUCAGCUCUCAGGAAGUGAAACUCAGACACUCGCUGCUACUGAGAGGUGAAAUGGCGCAGAAAGGAGUUCAGCUGGACCGGGAAACCUUCUCUUGUGCGAUCUGUCUGGAUCUACUGAAGGAUCCGGUGACUAUUCCCUGUGGACACAGCUACUGCAUGGACUGUAUUAAACACCACUGGGAUGGAGAGUUAAUCCACAGCUGCCCUCAGUGUAGGCAGAGCUUCACACCGAGGCCUGUCCUGCUGAAAAGCACCAUGUUAGCAGCUUUAGUGGAGGAGCUGAAGAAGACUGGACUCCAAGCUGCUCCUGCUGAUCACUGCUAUGCUGGAGCUGAAGAUGUGGCCUGUGAUGUCUGCACUGGGAGGAAACUGAGAGCCUGUAAGUCCUGUCUUAUGUGUCUUAUAUCUUACUGUGAGAAACACCUCCAGCCUCAUUAUGACGUAGCUCAAUUAAAGAAACACAAGCUGGUGGAGCCCUCCAAGAAGCUCCAGGAGAACAUCUGCUCUCAUCACGACGAGGUGAUGAAGCUGUUCUGCCGCACUGAUCAGCAGUGUAUCUGUUAUAUCUGCUCUGUGGACGAACACAAAGGCCACGACACAGUGUUAGCUGCAGCAGAGAGGACUGAGAGGCAGAGAGAGCUGGAGGGGAGUCGACUAAACAUCCAGCAGAGAAUCCAGGACAGAGAGAAGGAGGUGAAGCUGCUUCAGCAGGAGGUGGAGGCCGUCAAUGGCUCUGCUGAUAAAGCAGUGGAGGACAGUGAGAAGAUGUUCACUGAGCUGAUCCGUCUCAUGGAGAAAAGAAGCUCUGAUGUGAAGCAGCAGGUCAGAUCCCAGCAGAAGAGAGAAGUGAGUCGAGUCAAAGAGCUUCAGGAGAAGCUGGAGCAGGAGAUCUCUGAGCUGAAGAGGAGAGACGCUGAGCUGAAGCUGCUGUCUCACACAGAGGAUCACAACCAGUUUCUGCACAGCUACCCCUCACUGUCAGCCCUCAGUGAACCUACACACUCAUCCAGCAUCAACAUCCGUCCUCUGAGCUACUUUGAGGACGUGACGGCGGCCCUGUCAGCAGUCAGAGACAAACUACAGGACGUCCUGAGAGAGGAAUGGACAAACGUCUCACCGACUGAAGUGGAUGUUUUACUGUCAGCAGCAGAGCCCACCACCAGAGCUGGGUUCUUACAAUAUUCACAGGAAGUCACUCUGGAUCCAAACACAGCAGAGACACGGCUGGUAUUAUCUGAGGGGAGCAGAAAAGCAACAUGCAUGAAACAACCACAACCUUAUUCUAGUCACCCAGACAGAUUCACUGGUUAUUAUCCUCAGGUCCUGAGUAGAGAGAGUCUGACUGGACGUUGUUACUGGGAGGUGGAGCGGAGAGGGGGAAGAGUUUUUGUAGCAGUCGCAUACAAGAAUAUCAGCAGAGCAGGGAAUGAAUGUGGAUUUGGAAACAAUGUCAAAUCUUGGUCCUUAGAUUGUAACCAAAACAGAUAUUCAUUUCGUUACAACAGUAUCAGCACUCCCGUCUCAGGUCCUCUGUCCUCCAGAGUAGGAGUGUACCUGGAUCACAGAGCAGGUGUUCUGUCCUUCUACAGCAUCGUCUCUGAAACCAUGACUCUCCUCCACAGAGUGCAGACCACAUUCACUCAGCCGCUACAUGCUGGAGUUUGGUUUUGUGAACAUGGAGCCACAGCUGAGUUUUGUAAACUGAAAUAGCCUGAAGUCAUUUGAGGAACUCUUCUACUUCUUAAACUCACUGUGUCUCCAUCAUUGUUGCUGAGAGCUGAUUGCUCAUGUCUUCACUGCACAGAGAUCAGCUGUCAAUCAAACAUGAUGGGAGGUGCUUUAACAUCUUCUCAUGAGUUGUUCUGUGUCGUGUUAAAUUAUCACAUAAUCAUUUAAAACAUAUAGUCUUAUACUCUGAUUGCCUUUUACUCUGUUCAAUUGUAUUUGUAGUCUUGUAUGUGUUUAACAGAGACGUGUGUUCAUGAUUUAAAAAUGUGUUGAAUAUGGAUAUUGAUGUAUUUGUGUGUUGUUGUUUCUCUUGUAAAGUGAGUCUUUAGAGAGAAAGCACCAGAGCUUCUUUCAUUGGAGAUAUUUGAUUCUAAAGGUUUUUAAUUUGUAACUAAGUCUAAAUGUGUUGAAUGCAUAAAUGAAAGUUUGAAUAAUGCAACAAAACGGAAAAAACGAAAAGUCAUAAAUAAGAAAAGCCAACAGGUCGAGUGCCACAUGUCUGUAUAUUUUGUAAUGUUUGGGUUUUUCUUGUUAAUAAAAGAAC